AUGAGAAGGAAGCUAAGAAAUGGAAAGGUGGCCCGCGCUGGGAUAUGCCCAGGCGCGGGCGAAAUCGCUGGAGCGCUGAGGCAGUCGCGCGCGGCUAAGUCCCCACUGCAAGGGCGGGCUAGCGGCGCGCGCCCGAAAACCGCCGGCGCCGGCGCGCUGAGGCACUCGCGCGCGCCUAAGUCCCCACCACAGGGGCCAGGCUAGCAGGCGCGCGCAACGACCGAGGCGCCCCUGUCGAGCUGAGAGUGGACUCUUCACAGGUUACACGGCGACGGGCACCGACCACUGCGUAUACUCUUGGCUCGAUGAUCGUCAAUGUCCACACUACAUCGCACUGUACGUCGACGACCUCCUGAUGAUCAGCCCGGAACUGGCCGAAAUCGAACGUGUCAUCUCAGGCCUGGACCAACGCUACGGAGUCAAGCGCCUCGGCCCGGCCGAGUAUAUCCUCGGCAUCCAGAUCAGGCGGUUCGACGACGGCUCUAUCGCCCUAUCCCAGGAACGGUACAUCAUGGACGUGCUCGCUCGGUUCCACUUCGACACCACGACUCGCGGCACUACAGUUCCGAUGACUCCCGGCCUUUCGCUCACUGCUAUCCCGGGUCAAGGCACCGAACGGAUCAGGUCAUGGUAUCUGCAGGCUAUCGGCUCGCUCCUCUACAUUUCGCUCGGUACCCGCCCUGACAUCGCCUUCGCCGUGUCCUACCUGGCCCGCUUCGCCAACAACCCCGGUCGUCGUCAUUGGAUUGCGGUCAAGCACAUCCUACGCUAUCUCCGGGCCACGUAUCGCAACGAACUCGUGUAUGCUCGCGGCCAGGCUCGCAUCACGGGUGUGGUAGGCUACUCCGACGCGAACUGGGGGGCCUGCAUCGACACAUCGGUGUCCACCAUGGGCUACGUCUUCUACAUCGCUGGCUCGGCCGUGUCCUGGUCGUCCAAACGCCAGUCUCGAGUUGCCGAUUCGACCACCGACGCUGAAUACCUCGCCCUCUCGCAUGCUGGCAAGGAAGGGAUUUACCUCAGUCAGCUGCUCGAAGAGCUCCAUGUACAACCUGUUGCACCGGCUCACAUCUUUACUGACAACGAAGCCGCUGCUGCAGUUGCUCACGAUCCUGUCCGCGUCUCUGGCACUCGGCACAUACGCUUGCGUGAGCACUUCGUUCGGGACAUGGUGAAUCGGGGCGACAUCUCUCUCUCGCAUGUGGGUACCAGCGACAUGGUGGCCGACAUCUUCACCAAGGCUCUCGGCCCAAAGGUCUUCUCAACGCACUGCUACGCCCUCGGCCUUCGCACUCGACACCCGCGGCUUGGGUCUGCCUCGCAUUCGCGUGGGGGGGGGUGUGAAGAGUCCACUCUCAGCUCGACAGGGGCGCCUCGGUCGUUGCGCGCACUUGCUAGCCCGCCCCCGGCGGUGGGGACUUAG